UAUAUAUAUAUAAGCAAACGUGAUGUAUAAAACGCGAUCUAAAAUAUAAAAAAAAAGUUUUUCUUCUUUGAUACGUGUUCGGUGAUGAAAUAAUUUAAUAACUGAAAUUGAUUCAAGUGAAAUGACUAUUAUUUCUAAUAAUUUCAAACUGUCCCAACUAAACGUCAUUUUGAAAUUCUCAAGACAGGUUACAAAGCAGUCCAUCGAUGAUUAGAACUCGAAGAUCAGAACGAUAACGUCCGAUAAAAAAUCGAUAAUUUGUGUGUGGAAAAAAAAAUAAAAAAAAAAAAAAGAAAAGCAGAAAAACAUUUCAUAUACAGACAAAUUUCACGUCAAUCCUACAAGAAACUAUAACUAUGUCGUACUCAAUGUGCAUGAUAUUACGCUUUAUUUUACUCUUGGGAGUUUUGACAAGAGAAAUAGAAUGCGUCGAUCUCUCAGAUAAAGAAUGGUGGGAAACAACGCUCGUCUAUCAAAUCUGGCCAAGAGGAUUUCAAGAUAGCGAUGGCGAUGGCGAAGGCGAUUUGAAAGGCAUUAUUAAUAGACUUGAUUAUAUUAAAGAACUUGGAGUCGAAACAAUAUGGCUUAAUCCAAUUUAUGCAUCUCCUCUAAUAGAUAGUGGAUAUGAUGUUUCUGAUUAUAUAGAUAUAAAUCCUUUAUUUGGAAAUAUUACAGAGUUUUAUACAUUGAUAGAAGAAGCACACAAACGUGAAUUGAAGGUCAUGCUAGACAUAAUACCAAAUCAUUCUAGCGACGAACAUCGAUGGUUUUUAUUAUCUAUGCAAAAUUUUAAGCCUUAUAAUGAUUACUAUAUUUGGGCAAAUGGAUCUGUAGAUGAGAAAGGUAAUGAGAUACCACCUAAUAAUUGGGUAAGCACUUAUGAUAAAGAAAAGGAAGGAUCAGCAUGGACUUGGAAUGAUGUUAGAAAACAAUGGUAUUAUCAUAAAUUUCACGAGAAACAACCAGAUCUUAAUUUACGAAAUGAAAAUGUCAUUAAGGAAUUAUUGAAUAUUUUGAAAAUCUGGUUAGAGAGACAUGUAGAUGGUUUCCGUAUUAACUCAGUACCAUAUUUUUUUGAAGAUAAAGCAUUACGAAAUGAACCAUUUGUGGGAAGUGGUAAUUAUACUUCUGGACUUAAAGAAAGCAUUGAACUUCUUUAUGUAUUUCGUGCUUAUAUCAACAACUGGAUAGAAAAGAAUAAUGCAACUUCAAAAUUGUUAAUAGCCGAAACAUAUGAUUCUAAUCAUAAUCUUAUAGCUUAUUACGGUAAUGCUACACACGAAGGAAUUCCACCUACUAAUACACUCUUCAUCAAUCCUAUUCACAAUAAUACAGAUGCUGAUUAUAUAAAAAAUGUAAUAGAUGACUGGUUUCAAAUUUUACCAGAAAAUGCAAGCACAAAUUGGAUGCUAACUAAUCACGAUUUCUCGAGAGUUCCAACGAGAAUUGGAUUAAAUCGUGUAGAUGGACUUCAUAUGCUUAGUUUACUUUUACCUGGACAAGCAUAUACGUAUUAUGGUGAAGAGAUAGCAAUGUUAGAUUUAAAAAUUCAAUGGGAUAAAACGAUUGAUCCAAUGGGUUGUACUCGGACAAAGGACACAUACGAAAGUUUUUCUAGAGAUCCAGCAAGGACACCUAUGCAAUGGAAUGAAAAAGUAUCUGCUGGUUUCUCCACAAAUAAAACAACAUAUCUUCCUGUACAUCCUGAAUACAUCACUAGAAAUGUGGAAUAUCAAAAAGCCCAAGAACACAGCAACUUAAAAACCUAUAAAAGACUAGCCGAAAUUAGAAAAGAAAUUGUUUUUACUCAUGGAGACUACGAACUUAAAUCUACAAAUAACAACAACGUACUUAUUUUAAAACGAUCAUUGCAAGAUCAUCCUGUAUAUAUCGUUAUUGUAAAUCUAUGGAUUCGUCAAGAACAAAUAAAUCUGGCAUCUCUAUAUCCAGAUAUAGAUGACAAUUUAGAAAUUGUAAUAUAUUCAAGUAAUGCCAUCUAUACUACAGACACUGUACCAAAAAAUAAUAUUAUGCUUACUGCAAAUGCUGCAUUAGUAUUAAAAGGAAAGGAAACAUUAAAGAGUACAACUUCAACUACAUCUACUCCAUCUAUUACAUCUACUACAACUAUUGUGUCUACUAUUUCUACUAUUCCUGCUUCUAAUAGUUCUAUUACGUCUACUAUUUCUACUAUUCCUGCUACUAAUAGUUCUAUUACGUCUACUAUUUCUACUAUUCCUGCUACUAAUAGUUCUGUUACGUCUACUAUAUCUACUAAAUCUUCCACAGAAGAGAAUACUUCCACAAUUAAUACUGUUACAUCAACUGUUACAAGUACUGUUACAUCUUCCAUAAUUACAAAUGGUACAACAGAAUCUAGUAUAUCUACAACCAACAUGCAAUCCACUUCAACUCAACCAAAUAUAAUUUCGUCUACAAGUUCAUCAGAAGAUAAUAGAGUAAGCUCAACGAAAAAGCCAAACAGUUCAGAAAUAUCCAGUACUUCUAAAUUUAUCUUGAUAUUCAGUACAAGUUUUAUUGUUAUAGUAUUAUCUGCGUUUUAAAUUAUCUUAUAACAAUACUUAAUAAAAAAAAAAUCAAACAUAA